CACAGUUCUUGAAUUCCGAAUGGUGGCUUCACUUACACGUGUAAACACACGUGUCGAACAACAUCAUCAGCUUGUAUUUUAUUUCUUUCUUUUCUUCUUUUCCUGGUAUUCGUAUAUUCGUUUUAAUCACUUAGUUUACUCUCUCUCUGAAGCUGUAGAAGGUUAUGCCGGAAAGAGCCAUCCAUUUCACCCCAUUUAGACAUAGCGAGCAAUUGCACACGAGAAAACAACGGCAAACGGCCCCGGACGAUGGGCUCUGUCUUCUCUCGUCCCGCGGCGGCUGCCGCAACGCCCACGGUGCUUCCGACUCUGACCAUCCGCAACCUCACCGUCACUCCGCUAGAGCUGAGGCUGGUCGAGCACCUGAAGUCAGUCCAUCAUCAUCACCCGCACCUCCACAAGCCCAACGGCCUCGUCAAGACCUCGUCACGCUCAAGCAACCCAGAGCAGUCGCACGAACAACCGGAUGCGCCAUUACCGUCGACGGCAACGCCCGUCAGCGGCACCAUUGAGCCCUUCUCGGAGUGCCGCACCGCAGUUUACGCCCCGGAUGCGGCCCGUCAUGAGCAGCUGCGGCUGACCUUCGAAGACCCCGCCACCGGACACCGCUACAGCGCCGACAUCCCAGGCUCGUCGCGGCGGAGCAUAGUCCUCAAGGCGCACCACCCCGCCGGUGCCGGGGACGGCGAGACCAAGGAGUUCACGGCCAUCUACCUGCCCGAGCACGCCUACCUCGCCCUCUUCAGCUCGGCCAACCUCUCCUCCUGGAUGUCCACCCUGGACCCGGCCCUGCCCCUGUCCGCCCUCUCCAUCCCGGGCACCCACAACUCGCCCACCUGCUACGUCGCCCUCCCCUCGGUCCGCUGCCAGGCCGUCUCCGUCCUCGACCAGCUCAACAACGGCGUGCGCUUCCUCGACGUGCGCGUCUCCUGCCCGCCCUACCGCGCCAGCACCGUAUCCGCACCCUCCAAUUCUUCCCCAAAGGGAGGGGAAGAAGAAGAAGGAGAAGAAGAGCAGGAGGGAGGAGGAGAAGGCACGCGCGUGCCGGAGCUCGCCCUGGUGCACUCGGCCUUCCCCGUGUCCCUGACGGGACCCAAGUACCUCUCGGGGCUGCUGGCGACCGUGUACGACUUCCUGGCCGCGCACCCGACCGAGACGGUGCUGCUGUCGCUCAAGCGCGAGGGCACCGGCCGGGGCAGCGACGCCGACCUGGCGCGGAUCCUGCACCGGCACUACGUGCGCCCGCGCCGGGACCGGUGGUACACGGCCCCGCGCGUGCCCACGCUGGCCCAGUGCCGCGGCCGCGUCGUGCUCGUCCGCCGCUUCGGCCUCGGCCGCUCCCCCGCCGCCGUCCCCGCCUCCGAGGCCGGCAUCGACGGGUCCGCCUGGCCCGACAACGUGGCCGACGGCACCUGCGGCAGCGGCACCAUCCGCAUCCAGGACUACUACGGCGUCGGCAGCGGCAGCGACAUCCAGAAGAAGCUGCGCUAUGCCCAGGAGGGGCUGGCGAGGGCUGCCGCGCAGGCGCAGGCGGUCGUGGCCGAGGUGCGCUCCUCCUCCUCCUCCUCCUCUUCUUCUUCUUCCGCGGCGGCAGCCGCGACGACGCCUCUACCACCACCGCCGCCGCUGUUUAUCAACUUUUUGAGCGCGAGCAACUUCUUCAAUGCCAGUUGCUGGCCGGAACGGAUCGCUUUCAAGAUCAACCCUUCCAUGAUCGAGUAUCUGUGCAUGAAGCACGGUACCGAAGGGAAAGGGUCUGGAGAGUUUGGCGCCGGAGACGCAGUUACGGGCAUCGUCGUGACAGACUGGGUUGGGCACCGCGGAGACUGGGACCUCCUGCGAUGCAUCGUGGGGUGGAACGCCAGGUUACAGCUGCGGCAGUAGGGUGCUCAGUUGUUCCAGGUGCUGCAUCACUUCACUAUCACAAGGCACUGGAGAGAUUGUGGCGCAGCGAGAGACUAAUUUGCGUUUCUUUUACAGAGACCAUAUACACUGAAAUCUACUUAGAUAUAGACUAAUGUGUAUUUAAACCGUACCAACAGUCAGGAUAGAGGAAGGAGACCUAGAGCUUACUCCGAAUGAGCACCUCUUCUCUAGUUCCUAUGGCAUACAAAUUACCUAUCCCACGGAUGAGUUAGCGCUGCUUCUAGCGCGUCGCGGUGGAAAAAAUCAUUGUGAAGGAAGUUCAAGUUCAGGCUCAUUAAAUCAGAUUUUGGAGAUUGUUCAUUUCCGCCCAAAAGGGCGGAUCAAACAGUGUGAAUAACCGAUCAUCAUUUUGAAAUGUGUGUCAUGAACAAGACAGCUAGAAGAGCGUAUUACCUUGUAAGUAUUUGAAGAGAAAUAGUCAAUCAACAAAAGAAAACUGUCUAAGGGCAAGGCACCAAAUGUCGGUCGACACUAAAUCGAGCGUUAGCCGAGAGCUCCAGGAAUACCAAGGCCCAAGGAGU